GCAAAAAAAAAUAAAAAAAUAAAAAAAAUAAGUAGAACCUUAUCAUGCGAGGUCCUUAUAUAUUGCCAGAGUAGUUGGGUCUGUGUGUGUGAAAAUAAAAAUAACAAAAGGAGAAAACAGAGAAAAAAAGAUAGAAAGGCAUUAAUAAUGAGUGGUGAAGGAAGAAUGGCUGCAGAACUCUACGAUGCUGUGUCAAAGGGGGAUGUAAGAAAAUUUCGAGAAGUGGUUCAACAAGAUCCAUAUCUUGUUGAAACUGCCUCAUUUGCAUGUUCAAGAAAUGUUCUACACAUAGCAAUACUGUGGAAGCGAGUAGCCAUUGUUGAAGAGGUGUUGAAAAUCAACCCGCAGCUAGCUCGAGAUUUGGACUCCCAACAAUCAUCGGCUCUUCACAUUGCAGUUGCGAAAGGGAGCCUUGAGAUAGUGAAGAAGUUGUUAUCAGUAGCCCCAGAGGCGUGCUGGUGGCGAGACUGUCAUGAUAUGAACCCGAUUCAUAUUGCAGCCAUGAAUGGGCAUGAUGAGGUGUUGAAGAUGCUGCUUAACGAGAGUCAUAUACCUGCUAUGGAGAGACUGCAUCGCGGCCAGACUGUGUUGCACCUGUGCGUGAAACACGGUAAGCUUACGACAUUGAAGGUUUUGGUGGAGAAAUUGGGAGAGCUUGUGUAUGCAAAGGAUGAUAAUGGGGAGACAUUCUUGGAUUUGGCUGUGAGGUGCAAUCAAGAUGAGAUGGUACAGCAUGUGGUGGCCAUGGAAAACAAUAAUGUAAAGGUUCUUGUGGAUCUUGUUGAUGAAGUUUCAUAUGCACGUUCAAGAAACCUUCUACAGAUAGCAAUACUGCGGGGGCAUGUAGAUAUGGUUGAAGGGUUGUUGAACACCAACCCGCAGCUAGCUCGGGAUUUGGACUCCCAACAAUCAUCGCCUCUUCACAUUGCAGUUGCGAAAGGGAGCCUCGAGAUAGUGAAGAAGUUGUUAUCAGUAGCCCCAGAGGCGUGCUGGUGGCGAGACUGUCAUGAUAUGAACCCGAUUCAUAUUGCAGCCAUGAAUGGCCAUGUCAACAUCUUGAAGGUGCUGCUUGAAGAGAGUCAUAUGCCUGCUAUGGAGAGACUGCAUCGCGGGCAGACUGUGUUGCACCUGUGUGUGAAACAUGGUCAGCUUGACGCAUUGAAGGUUUUGGUGGUGGAAUUGGGAGAGUUUGUGUUUGCAGUUGAUGAUGAUGGGGAGACCCUAUUGCAUUUGGCUGUCAGGUGCAAUCAACUUGAGAUUCUCCGAUACUUGUGGAAAAGCAACAAAAUCAUAAGGAUAAAGCGGAAUUCCAUGGGCAAAACAGCACUGCAAAUCUUGGAUGAGAGCCCUCCAGCUACAACUCCUAGCUAUUCGGAAAUGAGGAGAAUCUUAAGAAAUAUGCCAUCAGAAUUAAUGUUCAAGACCAAUAUGGACAACGUUAUGAUGGUGGUGGCGAUCCUGAUAGCAACGAUGGCGUUCCAGAACAGCGUCACCCCACCCGGUGGGGUGUGGCAGGACGACACGCCAUCACACAAGGCCGGCCAAGCUGUGAUAGCAUACACUCAUCCCGACAUAUACAGAAAUUUGUUAUUUUAUAACAAGAUGUCAUUCAACUUAUCCUUCCUCGUAAUCUUCCUCAUCACCUCCGGAUUGACAUCCGCGUUUCCCUUUAUUUCCUUUGCCGUCGGACCUGCAAUGGGUGGCUCGAUUAUGUUUAUCAUGUUGAGUUAUGGAUUUUCGACACAGGUGAUCAGUCCCAACACCUUCGAUACACCAUUAACUGGCUACUAUAUUUUUUGCGUUGGAAGCAUUAUAGCUGGGUUGGUAGUGCUACUAACCGUCAUCUCUUGGAUUUACCGAUAUUUAAGGACAAAUGUUUGAGUUCACCAUUUCUGUGUAUUUUAUUCAAACUCUUUUUAUAUAUGCGUGUGAUGAAUAAUCUAUAUAUAUAUAUAUAUAUAUAUAUAUAUAUAUAUAUAUAUAUAUAUAUAUAUAAAAAAAAAGCUCCUCAAUACACCCAUGUUAAGCCAUUUUCCCUUUAGACUCCAAUCUUUUAUCCAAUGUGUAAUAUGUAAAAACUAUUGAUUAAUGCCCCUUCAUUCAAUCAAUCAUCUUAUUAUUGGUGUUUUAAAA